UCUCAAAAUAAAAAUAAAUGUAAGUCUAUUUUUCCCGUUGCGAAUUGCCGUAGCCACCAUUCCCCCCCAAGCUCGCAGGUCGCGAGUCGCGACACUCUGCUCGCUCUCCAUGGCCGCCGGCGCCUCCGCCGCGUUCCUUCCAGACAAUUUCUCCGUAGAAGAAGCCCUGUUUGCACUGCGGCAGCGACUGGAUGACUUCUCUGUGGCCCCCGAUUACGCUACCGCCGCCGCCAUCUCCCUUCUCCUGGAUUCCGCUGCCGACAACAUUGCGGGAUGGAGCUUGGAAGAUGAGUCCCACGUGUACGAGGUGGCUAUGAUUGCUCAGAUGAUGCUCCGGCAGGUGUAUAGGUUCCUAACAAGCCCGUCUUGCAAUCAGAUAGCCGUAGAUUCUCUUUCUCUAGGGCUUCCGAACUCUGUUGCCAAGCUGGGUGUUGUUUGUUGGGAUUUCAGUGCUGCCAGAGAUAUAAUUCAGAGAUUUGCAUCCAAAUGCAGUCCAAGAGAUAAUGUCCUCAUACUCUGUGAGGCUCUUGAUAAACAUAGUUCAAUACGAGUAGUGAACAGUUCUUCCUACUUCAUUAUACUUGUAGAUGGAAUUGGAAAAGUGCUUCCUUUGAUUCAGAGGCAUCGUGCACAUAAUAUAAAGAUAGCAAUGAGAGCUGUUAUUGGAUGUGUGAAGUAUACCAUACCAGUGCUGGAUGAGCACCAUGGAAGGAAUGCCAUUGCUUUAUUCAAUGCAGCUCUUGUAUUCAGCAACACUGUUCAGGAUAUGUGCAAAACAACGGUUGAUGAGGAAAAGGAAGAACUAACUGCCUUACUUGGUUUGUUUGCGCUUCAUAACAUUCCUUGCAUUUCGCAAAGCAAACAAGACCACAUACUGUCAGCUUGUGGCCCACUUGUUAUUGUGUAUUCUCAGUUAGCCAUACCAUCUGAUCUUUCUUGGCUAGGGCUUCUUACUGGGGAUGACAUUAAAUUAGCUAUUGGAAAAACUGAUGAAGGUUGGGUAUGGUGAAAUUGGAUUUCUUUUCCUUGGCUAUGGAAGGUGCACAUCUAGCAGGUUCAUGGAUGAUCAAAUAUUGCAAUAAGGAUCAGCCAUCUACGCAUGAGUUGCAAUCAGCUCUAAUGGAGGUAAAUUCAAGGUGCACUCAUAAGUGGAGAGUGGUUCAAAUGUUUAUGUAUGUACUGCGCUCGAGGAACUACCAAUGGGACGUCAGAUCGCACAGCUUGGAAUUUUUGUCACAUUUCAAUGAAAGUUGUAAUGAACCAGCAAGUCAGCAUACACCUUUAUUAUCAGUUCGUAUUGCAACUAUGAUGAUAAAGGAGAUUGAAACUAUAAGGAUAUCUGUACACCCAGAUGAAUCAAUACAUA